UCAGUGUGCACCUUCCUUUGUGGCUCUCCAUUCAAGAUGGCUCCCGUUUUAGAGAAGAAGCUACUGGGCGCAGUCGGGACGGGCGACACUAUGGAUAACAGCAACGAGGAUGAUGAAGGACAAAACCUCUGGUCUUCAAUUCUCAGCGAAGUUUCAACACGUUCAAGCUCUAAAUUGCCAUCUGGGAAAAAUAUAUUAGUUUUUGGGGAGGAUGGAUCAGGAAAGACGACACUCAUGGCAAAACUCCAAGGAGCAGAGCACAAUAAGAAAGGUAGAGGGCUGGAAUACUUGUACCUGAAUGUCCAGGAUGAAGACAGAGAUGAUUUGACCCGCUGCAACGUGUGGAUCCUUGAUGGAGACCUGUACCACAAAGGCUUGCUGAAGUUUGCAGUGACCACUGAGUCGCUGAAGGACGUUCUGGCUGUUUUUGUGGUGGACAUGUCACGGCCUUGGACCAUCAUGGAGUCGCUGCAGAAGUGGGCCAGUGUCCUGCGGGAGCACGUGGACAAACUGAAGAUCCCACCUGAGGAAAUGAGAGAGAUGGAGCAGACGAUGGUUAAGGCCUUCCAGGAGUAUGUAGAACCAGAAGAAGCCACACCAGGCUCACCACAGAGACGAGUCCCACCAGUUGGAGGAGAAGAUGAGAGUGUGCUGCUGCCCCUGGGAGACAACGUCCUCGCACACAACCUGGGCAUUCCAGUGCUAAUAGUUUGCACGAAGUGUGAUGCUGUCAGUGUAUUGGAGAAGGAGCAUGACUACAAAGAGGAGCAUUUUGACUUCAUUCAGUCGUACAUCCGACGGUUCUGCCUAAAAUAUGGAGCCGGCUUGAUUUACACCUCUGUCAAAGAGGAGAAAAACCUGGACCUUCUAUACAAAUACAUGGUGCACAAAAUAUAUGACUUCCACUUCACCACGCCUGCCUUGGUGGUGGAGAAGGAUGCUGUCUUCAUUCCAUCCGGAUGGGAUAACGACAAGAAAAUUGCCAUCUUGCAUGAAAACUUCACAACGGUUAGACCUGAAGAUCCCUUUGAGGACUUCAUCAUGAAACCUCCUAUACGAAAGUUGGUGCAUGACAAGGAAAUCAGUGCAGAGGAUGAGCAGGUCUUCCUCAUGAAGCAGCAGUCAUUGUUAGCCAAGCAGCCGGCCACACCAACAAGAGGAACGGAGUCUCCUGCCCGGACUGCAUCUGGCUCACCCCGGCCUGCAGGCCGAACAGGUCCCACUAAUGUGGCCAGCGUCUCACCCAUGACUGCGGUGAAGAAACCAGACCCCAACAUGAAAGGAGCAGCAGCAAAUGAGGGAGUACUGGCCAACUUCUUCAACAGUCUCCUGAGUAAAAAGACAGGUGUGCCUAACAGUCCCGGGACACCAGGAACAGGGGUGCAAGGCUCUGCCAAGAAAACAGGGCAGAAGCCGGGUUUGACUGACGUCCAGGCGGAACUAGACCGAAUGACUCGUAAACCUGAUUCCAUGGUAACGGCCGACAAUACCCCAGUGACAGAGAACGAGGCAUGAGCGCGCCAACGGCAUUGUUCACUCUGGAAAUCAACACAUGUACCAACAUAAAGGAGAAAAUGAGCUAUUCAUGACCAAAAUUCCCCCCAUCUUGUGUGUCAAUCAGCAAACAAACCAAGGUUUAAAGUGUUAGGAUUCUAUCAAAUGUAUAGGCUCUGAUGUUGUGGGGGAAGAGAGGUAGAUAUUUUAAGAGAUUUGGCUGCUUUUUUUUUGGUUUUCAUUUCCGAAGCCCUUCUUGCAUUUGUUGUUUUUUGUGGUCAGUAAUUUGUGGUGAGGCAUGGCAGGUAAUGGGUGCUCUCUCCUCAGGAGGCAGUAGAACCUCUGAAGUAUGGGGCCUUGCUUAGCUUGGGGAACCUUUUUAAACCACGUUUACCAUUCCCCUCCUCCCGACAAGCACAGAAACACUUUAAACUGCUAAAAGCCUAAAUAUAUUCAUUUAAAAUAUUUAUAUACUUGCAAAAAGUAUAUAGUGUGUAAAAACACUUGCAUUUAUGCUGAUGUAUUUAUAAAAAAAGAAAGCGAAUCAAGCUUUUAUUUUCUUUCUGUAUUUUAUCAGUGAGACGUUAAGUUUAUUCACUUAACAUGGUUAAGAUCACUGAAGUCAUGACACUAAUGACAAAAUACCUAUUGGCCUUCAGCAUGCAAGAGUGAUCGAUCUUGCCUCACCGCCUCUUUGAAUUAUGUAAAUAUGCACAAAAUAUUUGCUAUAUGAGCUUUGAUUUUGUAUAAAAUUUAAUUAUUUUAUCAAUUUAUGACGAACUAUUUCAGAUGAAACAAGCAUCGAUGAGUAACAGGCUGAGCAUGGUUGUUUUUGGAGGAGAGGGGCAGGGCAUCUUUCCUAGCAUAACUCCCAAGUGCCUGGCACAGUAUACUGUUUGUCAUAGUGGAGGUGCUUGUCUCCAAAAGAGGAAUUGCACUGUAGCUUCAACAGUUAAUAGUUCCUUUUUUUUUUUUUUUUUCAGAUUCAUAUAAUUUAUUUGUUUUUUGUUUUUUAUAUACACUGUAAUUGUCUGUGGUCAUUGAUUUUGCUAAAACUACUUAUUUUGCUUGUAUCAGUGGCCUAAAUCUUUAUUUUGCUGCCAAUGGGAGCUUGCCUUUUUGUCAAUGUUAAAAAUUUCCACAUAAAACGUGUUUAGCAUCUUUGUGGGACAUUACGUCCCACCUCCCAGAUAAAAAUUGUGGCCUAAACCACUAGCACCAUUCUCAUGUGGCCAACUGACAGACUGCAUGUCAUUCUGAAUAAUUUAAGUCAAUCCCCCUCUCGGUUUUGUUGUAGUACAAACUAUAUACUGUAUAGCUAUUCAUGUAAAACAUUCCUGGUUUCUGCGCAGUGUAGAUGCUCUUGUUGGUGGCUUCUGCCAUAUGUUUGUUUUGUGUGCCCUGCCUCAGUGCCCACUGGUGACUUUGCCUUCAGUGUAGUGUUCACUGUCAUCAUUCUGUCUCUUCGCUCAGGAUUGGUCUGAGUCCAUACAGCCUUGUCUGUCUUCACAGUGAGCUUACAAAUACUCUGACAUUUCUCAACAUUUUCUUUCACUUAAUAAUACUGUAACCUAUCAAAUUUCCUGUUUAAAGCAUAUUGUUUGUUUGCAUCUUUUUGUGAAAACAUGAAAUUCAUUGGUUAGUGAGAUUCUGAACUUGACCAUUCAUCCAGAAGCAUGGUGUAAUGGUUUUGAUUUCUUAAGGUUUUUAACCUGGAUAAAACAUUUUUUUUUUUAAAUCUUGUAUGGAGAAAAAGUAAACGGAGCAGCUAAAGUGGCUUUUAAAUGAUCAACAUUUUCAGAUGAAAAAGGAAAACGCAGAUAAUUGGAAUCUUGAACCAAAGAUGUAGAAUCCACGUUAUGUUUAUGUCGAGCUGCCCUAAAUUCCUCCCAGGUGGCUGUUCUUGGCUGAGCCUGGAGAAGCCAUCAUUCCAAAACAGAUCCUCUGCUUACUGUGGUGGUCUAUGUUCUAUGUUGGAAUAUUCCACUAGAGUUUAAGUCUUUGUCUUUUUUUUAAGCUCUUCAAGGGAGUAGACCUCAAGAUGUGUAGAGUUUACUGUUGUUUUGCAUGAAAUUGUGUUCGAAAGAUGAAAAGCAAAAACUCAUACCAAACUAGAGAUAAGGAACUCGAAUUAAAUGAAAUUUUAUUCUACAUAAUAUUGCGUUACCGUUUCCAUUGUAUGAUGGGCAGGGCUAAAGGAUUUGCUAAUAUUUAAGCACAAUAUUAAAUCUGCAUUAUACCUCUUAUUUUAGUGGUUAAGAUUUUUCCUCCAUUCAGAUUGUGUAAGAAUCUCAUGGGCUAAAACGUUUGAGCACAUAUAACAUUCUGCCUGCUUUCAAAACAGCCUAAUAUAAUCUGAAAUGCACUUAAGUAUUUCAUUGCAUUCUUUGAACUUGCCAUGUGACUGAAAUCUCACUGUCUAAAUCUCACUGACACAUUCCUGUGAACAUAGCCCUUUGUUUCCACCCAAGAGACUCAGUUUGGGGCUAAUAGUUAUCUCAUGGCGUUUCAACUGUUUUACUGGAAGUGAAAUGUUAAAUUGUCAAAAACCACUCAUUUCUCACCUAUUUCAAACAUUUUGGUUUAGUUCCCCACAAAUUUGACGGUUACUGAUUUUAAUAGUAGCUUGAUGCAAAUGUUCACAAAAUCGUUAAGAAAUUGAAAAACUAACAAGCUGCUGCUGAAAUGCCUGAAGUACUUGAAAAAAGCUUCCUAAUUCAGAACACAUCUGUUUUCCCAAAGGAGACUUCACAACAGAUAAAAGAAGGUCUAAGGGUGGCCACCAAAAGAAACAUUUUCUUGGCUUCAGCUUCAAUAACUUUUCCCCUCAAUUGAGGAUGAUUGCAGUUAUGUAAUGAACACAUUUUGUAUGUAUUGCAUUCAGACUAAGAUGGAAGUUGACCGAUCUGUGCUGUACAGUUUAAUCCUUAUGAAAUGCACUUACCGCUGUAAGUAAGAAAAUGUUGAGAAAAAGCUCUGGCUUCCACAAUUUUCUAUACAGGAACUGAAGACCUUUCUAUACACACAAAGGUCUGUGUUAUUGUGCUAUACAAAAAGUCUGAUUGUAUGGCUUUAACCUGAUGCAGUAUGCGGCCAUGUGGAAUCUUGCUUUUAAUGCAAACAAAGAUAAGGAAAUGUCUUUUUUUCAGUCCUUGCUUCAAUAAAAAUACAAAUCCAGACCACAGUUA